UUGUAUUUGUGUUCAUAUUAAAUAUGUGUGGACAUUAGUGAAAUUGGAUUUUAUGAUACUAUAUAAAUGAUGCAGAAAAAAGAACAGCAUUCAAAUAACCAGCUGAAAAGUUCAUCCAAAAACAAAAUUAACAUGUGAUUGCAAAUAAAUUGAAGUACUAGCCCAAAAUGGGUUCUAAUGAAAUGAGCAAAUCUAAAUGUGAAAUUAAUUUCUACCAUAAAUUGAUUAAUAUUCAUAAUUCACUUGAUAAAUUUCAUUAUACUGAUGUAAAAUUUAAUCAAAAUCCCAGUAUGAAUGUUAAUAAUGAAUUAAAAAUUGAAUUUAGUGAAAGAUCUAAUGAUGCAAAACAUAGAUCGCGAGUGACGACUAGAAGUGCCAAUGAAUUGUUCCUUCUACUAAGGAUACCGAUGAAGAUUAAUGUUUUACUGCUACAAUGUAUGUUCUUUCUAGUACUGACUAGUUCUGUGGAUGCGUAUAGAGAACAGAGAUUUGCUAUUGAACCACAAGAUCAGAGUGCAGUGGUAGGAUCCAGAGUAACCCUGCCAUGUCGAGUAGAGAACAAGGCGGGACAGCUGCAGUGGACGAAAGAUGACUUCGGGUUGGGGACGCACCGCCAUCUCACUGGUUACGAGCGUUACAAGAUGAUUGGAAGCGAUGAAGAAGGUGAUUACUCCUUGGACAUCAGGGAAGUAACAUUGGAUGAUGAUGCAUUAUACCAGUGUCAAGUCAGCUCCGGAGCGAGAGGAGAACCAGCAAUUCGUUCCAGAUACGCUCGUCUUAUCGUGCUGGUCCCUCCUGAACCUCCGAAGAUCCUGAAAGCACCUAUUCUCCAAGCAGUUGAAGAUCGGGAAGUCAAUUUGGAGUGCAUUUCUGUUGGAGGGAAACCUGCUGCUGAGAUUACCUGGGUGGAUAAUGAUGGUGGAGUGUUAACACAUGGAGUCAAUUACACUGUAGUGCCAAUGCCUGAUGGGCGACGAUUCACUGCUAGGUCUGUACUUCGACUGCGUCCUAGAAGACAUCACCACAAUCAGACCCUGACUUGCCAAGCACAGAAUACUGCGGAUCGAGCCUACAGAUCUGUUACUAUCAAAUUGCAGGUACAAUAUGCACCAAAAGUUCGAAUGUUCGUGAAGUCUGGAGUACUGAAAGGAAAUAUCCAAGAAGGAGACACAGUUGUUAUCGGUUGUCAAGCCACUGCGAAUCCUAACAACCUUACAUAUAAAUGGUAUGUGAACAAUGAACAUAUACCUGGUGACAUCAAUAAUGAAUUGAUUCUGACAAAUAUAUCUAGAAGAUUUAACGAGGCGACGAUCAAGUGUGAGGUACAUAACUUGGUCGGGAAGAGUGCUGACACCAAAACUCUAGAAGUGGCCUAUGGACCAUCAAUCAAAGUAAGACCCCAGAAUGUGGAAGGAGAGUCUGGGUCUAUAGCAACCCUCUCGUGCAUCGUCGAUGGUCAUCCACCGCCAAAGAUACAGUGGUUAAGAUAUGAACAUGAACGAUUUAUUAGAGUUGGCAAAUCACCAAACCUGACGAUCACGAUAUCUCCUCAUUCCGCCGGUCAAUAUUGGUGUAAAGCAAGUAUUGAGAACAGACAAGAUGUACAAGCUCCUGCCAUCGUUUAUAUUAAAGGACCGCCGAAGAUAAUAUCAAAUCAAACACAGUAUGGUGUCGAGGGGGACAGUGUCAGAAUAGAAUGUGUUUCGUUUGCCGUCCCUAAGCCCGACUACAUUGUAUGGACCUUUGGGGGCAGCGAGAUAAAUUCUUUUCAUAAUCAGGAAUAUGCAUUUUUGGAGGAAAGUCUAACAGAUAGGAUGACAAAAUCGACUUUGAUAAUACGGAGGAGUGAAUCGAAACAUUUUGGCCACUAUAAUUGUACUGUAGUUAACGUAUAUGGCAUGGAUAGCGUCGAAAUUAACUUAGUUCCGGCAAAAACUUUCCCAAUAAUACUUAUUAUUGCUGGGGGAUCUUCGAUUAUUAUUUUCGUGUUGAUAAUAAUGCUGAUCAUAAUGCUUUGUCAUAAGAAGACGAAGAAAGCUGAUGUUAAGAAACCUGAUAUAACGGACUUGGGCAAGACUUGUGUGGAUCAGUUUAAGGAUUGUGAUAGAAGUUCAAAUAUCAGUGAUCUGAAGUUAGAACUUCGGCAAGUUGAAGGCAGUUGUGAUAUGGAUAACUCCAACGCAGGAUCAGAAACGGACCUCCAUCCGACUCUCCACCUGACAUCCAAUCUAGGUCUUCCUCUAGCAGGUCCCGUACCUCUUCCCGACUCAGGUUAUGACAAUGAGCUCAUGAAACAGUACCAGCGAUACAGUGGGGAUUUCAACCAACCCAUCAGUAAUCUGAAUUUUAAGCAUCAAAACCAAGGCAACGGCUACGUCCCAUACGUAGACUAUUCCCGGGACUACGCUCCACCCGUGCCUUCUGAUUCCCUCUCCGGGUCCUUAUCAAGAAGUACUGAUGGAUCUACGUAUCCUAGCCACUGUGGGUCCUUGCACCGACAGCAGAGUUGUGCCAGACUUGGGGGCGUUGUUGGUCCUGAUGUAAUACCAAUGUCAGGACCUGGAGUAGUCCUCACAGGAGAAGAUGUAAGAUACGCCGCUACGUACGGCAAUCCUUACCUAAGAGGCAGCGCUCCUGUCGCAUACUUGCCACAGAUGAAUACAAAUCCUGUUGGAAAACCAGCACCGCCGCCAUACUAUUCUGUCAGAAAUCCCAAUCAUCCUCCAGCAAUGCCAUCAGUCACGUCACCGUCAUCAUCAUCAUCUUCGAGGCCGGUCACUAGUCCAAUGGCGUCUUCAUCGUCUACUAAUAGUGGCGCACAGCCUCAAGUGCCUAAAUCGUCUUCGGGAGCUCUGUAUAUUCUUCCGCCGUCCAGUCAAGGAAAUUUGCAGUCCAAUCAGAUAACCACCAAAGGUAAUGGUAACCAGUUGAACGCUGGGACCCACGUUUAAUAAAUUCACGAGUAGUUAGGCGAAAUACAUGAAAUGUUUAAAAAUUUAAUCAGUAUAUAGAUAUUUAUAUGAUAUACGUAAGCUUGAAUAUACCUAAAUCUCGUGUCUAAGACACUGUGUGAAUUUUUGUGAUUAUUAUUUUCUUGAGCCGACAUUAAACUGAAGAAAUACAUAUAGUAUCAGCCUUUUUUUUAUAAAAAUGGUUUUCCAGAGGCAUAACUUUUCUUGCUUAAUAAGUGUGAAAAAUAAGAUUUAAAAUUUUCGUUUAUUUUGAACUACUUAAUUUUUUUUUGAAUAAUUAAAUUCUAAUGAGAACACGUUGUAAUUAAAAAUAAAACUACUUUUAACGUCGGCCCAAAAAUAAUAAGAAAAAGUUUUUAAUAAAAAAGAUGUCUCUUUAGUAUACUUCUCACGACUUUAAUUACGUCAAAAGUUUGACAAACGAGCCUAAAAUUAAAAAGCUUUAAGUGUUCAUGUCAAAGAAAAAACUAACUUAAGUUACUUUCAUUUAAGUUGUAUAUUUUUAGGUUUAAAAUUAGCCAUUAUAAUUUUUACACUGUAUAAAAUUUUAAUAUUGAUAUAAUCUAAGCUGUGUUCUUAAAUGAUAGAAUCUUUUUAUUGAAAUUAAUAAAAAAAUUAGUAAUUAUUUUACAUUUUUCUUUGGAAAAAAUAUAGUCAAUUAAGUGGUCAAUGUUAAUUUUAAUAAUAUUUUAACCUCGGAAUCUCGAUUUUACUUUAAUUCCUGAAACGGAAAGUAGAAAUAAGAAAUGUAUUAAGAUAUAAGGAUACUUGAUUUUGAAAAUGUUAAGUAAUUUGUGUAAAUAUCUUCGGAAAACCUUCUGACUGAGACUGAAAAUUAAUUUUAGAUUAGUAUUUGAUUUAGUCGCUAUGUAAAUACUAAAAACAUAAUUAUCUAUAAUCGUGUUUGUUCCGUCAUUUUAAUAAGUUUCCAUUUUUUUUUGUUUUAUUUUUACUUUUUAAAUAAUUUUGACUUAUUUCAGUCACAGUAGGUUACUACUCUUUAUAAUAUUUUUAGUAAAAAGUAAAUGUUUUUUCUUAUUUUAUUUUUUUAUAGUUUUUUUUUUAAUAUAAUAAUUGUGUAGUCCAAAGGUUUGUAGUAGAUUAUUUACAGAAAACAGUUUUGCAUUUGACUGUUCAUAUUAAUUAAUUUAGAACUAUUUGUACUUACUGUUAGAUAACCUAAAGUUUUUGGAAUCGGUUACGAAAUAAAAGCAAGAUUAUUAAAUGGUUUUGAAGAA